ACUUAUGCAAAUGUGAUACUACUAUAAAGCCUUCUCAUACAUCUUCCUAUCAUCAAAAAUUCUUUAGUCUAAUCUUUGAUUCUAAUAUAGCCUCAACUGAUCAACAACUAUUUCUUCAAAGUUAUGUUCAACUUCGUAGUUACAAUUGCAACUUUAAUACAAUAUUUAAUUUUAGUUUUUGCCCCGCAUACUAUUCGCAUUAUGAUUGUAAAAAGAAUUAUAAAGGUGAAA